AUGCUCUUAAAGUCCUAUCUGAACUUAUCCCCUACCACAAUUAUUGUCAACAAAAGUGGCACAACAAAACUAAACACAGUCAUUGAAGAAGUGAAGUACAUGAAGGUCACACUCUCUUGAAGUCAUUUGAUAGGGCAAUUGGUGAUUCAUCACAAGGCAGGAUUACAAAGAAGUCCAUGGCCAGGAAGCUUGCAGAGCCUGAUAUUGGCUACCAUCACUUGAAGACACUUUUUACGACUAAAGGAGAAAGGGGGUUCUUGCCAUGUUUGCCAAUCUGCCAGCAAGCA